GGUAAUUUCCAGUACACCUUGGGUGGUGGGCAGGUCACUCGUGAAGACCUUAUGAUGGUGCUGGCGAACCUAAGGAUGUUACAGAUCCGAGCACAGUACCACAUUUCAAUGGAAUACUCAAGUCUGAUGAAUGUUUCUCUAGACAUAGCUGCAGACCAAGGUGUUGAGAAGGUGCUGACAGUGGAGGAAUGCAACUGUCCCAUUGGCUAUGUCGGGCUGUCAUGCCAGGUCAGAGGCCAUGUGCUAAUUGCAGUGAUUCCCAACCUAUUUGUAUUCGCAGGCCCCUUGGGACAUGUUAAAAGUCUUCAACAGACAUGCAGUUCUAAGUUUACUUAUGGUCAAUGUCUAGUGGACCCCCGGCUGACUCUUUUGACUUGGCAGACCCCAAUAUUUUGGGGCCUGUGAACCCUGGGUUUGAAACCACUGUGCAAUUGCAUUUUAUACUAAAUACUCAAACUACAAAUUUAUUUCAAUCAAUCCUAUCAAUAGAUUGAAGUUUAACAAUAAUUAUAGUACUAACAUUUUUGGAAUACUCACUGAAUUGUAAUAAAGUGUUUGCUUACAUAUUGUUGUUAUCUAUUCUUUAUAAGUCAAUCGUGACAUCAUCACUGCAACUCCCAGUGUUAUUUGCCUAUUCCCCACUGUCCACUAAUUUUGUGGCUACUGAAAGUAGCUACUAUGUCAUCAAAUAGUUUGCCGAGGUAAGUGACUGAAUCUC